AUGGCACCUUACGAAGCUCUAUAUGAGAGAAAGUGUAGGAGUCCUAUAUGCUGGGAUGAUUUAUAUGCAGACAACGGAAGGAGAGCAUUAGAGUUUGAAGUAGGUGAAAAAGUUUUGCUCAAAGUGUCACCAACCAAGGGUGUCAUGAGAUUUGGUAGGAAGGGUAAGUUCAGUCCUCGUUUUAUAGGUCCUUAUGAAGUAUUGGAACGAAUUGGGGAAGUAGCCUAUAGAUUAGCCUUACCUAUGAACCUAGCCAAAGUCCACAAUGUCUUCCAUAUAUCCCAACUCCGAAAAUGUGUCCAUGACCCUUCCCAUAUCAUACAACCUGAAACCAUUGAACUUGAUGAAACCCUUACCUUUGAAGAAAAACCAAUAAAAAUCCUUGAUACCAAAAACGAUAUACUGGGAUCAAGGAAAUUAAGUUGGUCAAGAUAUUAUUGA